AUGGAAGGCCAUGAUGCCCAUGUGUUUUUGCCCGAUGACUUAAUGUACGAUGAUCUGAUGUCCAACACGGGUUGGCCCGCCGCUCCUACCGACCAGCAAUUCUCCUACCAGCAGCAACAACACCAACCCCAAGUCUCCGCCGACGCAUACGCUCGAUACCCAGCCAGCAGUCACCAUCAACUUCAUCACCACCACCAGUCCUUCGACCAGUUCUCCCUCCCUCAACAAGUCUCCCAGUAUACGCAGGCCGCCUAUACCAAUUCACCCUACGGUUCUCAUUCCCAGUCCCAGUCCCAAUCCCCGUCGCAGUCACAGUCACAGUCACAGUCACAGUAUCAGCACGCAAGACCGUCUGAUGUCUUUGGCCCGAGCUCAUUCUCCGUCGAUCCGUCCUUACCAAAUGGCACCUCCUACCAAGGACAUGAGGGCUCGUUCACAUUUGACCCCCAUGCCCAUAGUAACAUGGACUCCGCUACCAUCUCCCCCCAAUCCCUUCAGUAUUCCAUGCCCGCGUCCUCACAAACGCAAACAAUCAGCCACACCGUGUCGGCGGCGAAUCUCCAGCGCCAGCCAAAUGGCCUGGGCAACCACUUCCUCCAGCCGAGAACGCAGUCUCCUGCUCCUUCAUACUAUAGUGCGGUGCAGAAUGGCAACUACCAGCCGAUCCAAGCUAACAAUCUGCGUUACCCAAGCUUGCCUAAUGACAGCCAGGCCCUCCCCAAGCAGAACAUUAAGAGAGUCGUCGCGGAUGAGACUACGCAAAGUAUGCAGCUGGCUGCCCUCCGCGCUCAACAAGCAAGGUCGGCGCCUCCGCCUAACCCGUUGAGAAUUACCCAUCCGGCGCUCCAUGAUGAGUCGACCAAAGUUAAGAACCGAUUCGAAUAUGCUCCUUUCCUCACGUGGGAUGAUGUUGCAAUCGUCGUGCCAACUGGCUUGAAAACGACUCUUCCCAAGUACCACCCACGGAAAUCAAAAAGUGGAAAGGAUCUGGUGCCCGGUCUGAAUCUGACGGCAGUGUUGACACCGGUCGGAACGGGCAAGCGAAGAGGGAGACCCCCUAAGGUACGCAAUGCACCAGUCAGCAGCUACAAGGGGACUAGCGGCGGCCCAAAACCUCCUACAAUCAACAAGCUUCGAGACGAUAGUAGCCUCGGCGCCAAAUCUCCUUCGACACCGACAGAGACAAGUUCCUCCGAAGAGGAGAGCAGUUCCGAAGAGGAAUCCGAGUACGAGGAGGACGAGGAAAUGGCUCUCCAGGACGUCUCAACUGUUCGAGGUGAAAUUCGACCGACUACCGCGCCCGAAGCCUCGAGAUGGGAUGCUAUUGGUAUAAUCUGGAGAGACCCUAAUUCUAGUCCGAGCCGUGAUGUCGUUCAAGCAGCUCUUACAGAGUAUGGUAAUCUGAUAAGUGCCUUGCGGGCACAAAUCAAGACAAACUCGACCAAGUCUGAGGCGGCGGCCGCGCAACCAGCGGAGGUACAGAGAUUGAAGCAGGAGCGUGUAGUUCUACUGGACUCGUUGUAUCAAGCAAUUGAUGCCGCCAAUGUUCAUGGGUACGGUCCGAUUGUAGAGAAUCUGGGGGGCUAUCAUAAGCUCGUGAACGGUCUGACCACAACCCUGAUCGAGUGCAUUAAAGCCCGAGAUUACCAGUCGAGGCUUCCGAAGGCCAUCUUUAGUCUGCUUGCAAGAUUUCAGACCAUGACAGAUGAGCUGUUGAAGAAAUUAAAAUUUGACAGUAUUCAAAAACGCUGGGAGAAACAGGGUGACGAAGCAAUCAAGAAGGAUAUCGCCACAAUUCUCGCUAAUACUGUCGAUGCCAAGGAAAAGGCAGCCAAGGCUAAGAAAGAAGCUGAACAGCCUGAGAGCCAGAAGAAGCCGCGUGAGAAAGUUGUGCAGAUCAAACCCCGAUCCGCUGAGACAACCGCUUCGACAAAGAGGCCACACGAAGGUGAUGGUUCCAAUGGCAAGGCGAACAAGAAGUUUGCUCUAGACACAGCGACAACCUCAAAUCCUACCGCAGCAAGACCAACCCCCAUUAAGCGAACUGGCGUCAACCUCCUUGGCAUUCAAUCGAAGCCCAUCACAAAGCCGAUCCCAAAGAAGCGCGAUAUCUCUCCUCCGACGGAAUCCAAGCUGGGUGCGAUUCUGGCAAGCAUUGCAAAGCCUCCCGAGCCACCCAAAGCCCCAGCCGCACCUCCUCGAGCACCCGAGACCCCCGAAGAAAAAGCCAAGCGUGAGAGAAAGGAGAGUAGACGGCAUUUGCGUGUCAAAUUCAAGGACGGCCCCGAACUUGAGCAGAUCCGCCUCUUCAAACAUGAGGUGGCUGAGGACGAAGGCAGGCAAGAUGAAAUGCUCCGAGAUGCACAUGAUGAUCGCUUGGAAGGGAUGAUGCACAAGCAACGUGUUUCAGAGAGUAUCGACGAAGACGAAGAGUACCAACCUAGCGAAGCUGAUCUCCCGUACCCUGAGUCCAUCGCCAUCAACUUCAGCCCGCUCGAAAAUACAACGCGCUUUGGACCGACCUAUGUCACUCGUGGCGGUAAUGUUCCAAUCGCAACUCGCGAGCAAAAGACCCAACAGCGAAGAGAAGAAGUCGAGUUGAUGGUCGUCUACACCGAUCCCAGCGAUAUCCCACCCACCGCCAAGGAGCCCCCCCAGACGGACAAUGGAACGGACGGAGCGAUGGAUUACGAGCCUGGAUGCGAGAUUCAAUUGUCCAAGGAGCCUUGGCUUGUCCAGCGCCUCAACGAAAUUAACCAGUAUGGUCCAGAUCAGGCUUACCAGAUGGCUCUCGGCCGCCAAUCAGCAGAGCAAUGGAAGGUCCACAAUCAGUCUCACCAAGCCGUCCCUGCUAUUCACCCUUCCAGCAACAACAUUUAUUCUGUUCUUCAGCAGCUUAGUGGAGCAACUCAGAAGCCUGUUUCACAAGCACCACAACAAGUACCCCAGGUCGAAGCUCCAGCAUACCCUGAGUAUUGGGCGAAUCUCACCGCUAUUGUUGCACAAUUGAAAGGCCUUCCAUUCCCUGCUACUGAGCCACCUCGAUGGAUGUCAAACCCUACUCAAGUAGAGGAAUGGAAGCGAGGCUACAACAAGGACAUGGCUGCGAAAAGAGCAAAGGAAGACGUUUUCGUCAAGUCGCAGCAGCAACCUGCCCAGUACCCACCGCAUCUUGCUCCGAUGGCCAAUACCAUCUUCCAGGCCCCGAUACCCCCAACGCUACUCAGUAUGCCCAUACCACCAGUUUCCGCCAGCCAACCAAGCCCAGACAUCGCACUGCAAGUCCAAAACUACCUGGCUGCAUACCAAGGCGGAGGCAAUGUACCACUGCCUAACGGAAACGCUCCGUCUAUCCCACCGUUCCAGAAUCAGAACCGAGCAGACGACGUUGGUCAAGGAGAAGAGCAGGGUGGCUACGGAGAGCAGCGUCGCUGGGAUCCAUCUUGGGGCAACGACAACAAGAAUGCGUCGAGACGUGGUUUCGACCCGGCCAAUCGGGACCGUCUGUUUGACGAGAACGGCGAGUACAAGGGGAAGAAGAUGCCGUGUAGGUACUUUCGGGAAGGGAAGUGUGUGAAGGGCGCAAAGUGCACCUAUCUCCACGACUGA